AUCUCCAAUGCUGAGCUACAAAGUAAAAAGUAACACUCCUAACGUAGUGACGACAGAAGACUUUGGAGACGAGGAUUGAAGCCAUGGCGCCAGCGGCAACAGCUCCGAUCAGCCGCUGCGUGCUCAUCGUUAUUCUCAUAUUCUCCCUGCUGAUCCAGCCGUCGAUCUCCAUAUACUGCGACGAGGACGACUGCUACGAUCUCCUCGGGGUUCCUCAAAAUGCCAAUGCCUCCGAAAUAAAGAAGGCUUACUAUAGGCUCUCACUCAAACAUCAUCCGGAUAAAAAUCCUGAUCCGGAAUCAAGGAAAAUUUUUGUGAAAAUAGCAAAUGCGUAUGAGAUUUUGAAAGAUGAAGCAACAAGGGAACAGUAUGAUUAUGCAAUUGCACAUCCAGAGGAGGUCUUUUAUAAUACAGCUAGGUACUACCGGGCUUAUUACGGUCACAAAACAGAUCCUCGUGCUGUCAUUGUGGGUCUUCUAUUGGUGCUUUCUGCAUUUCAAUAUCUAAACCAGUGGACAAGGUAUAAGCAGGCUGUUGACAUGGUCAAGAGAACACCAGCUUUCAAAAAUAAGCUGAAGGCUUUGGAACUUGAACGCACAGGUGGAAUGACAAUUAGAAAGAAGAGUAACAAGCAAAUAAACAAGAAAAUGGAAGAAGACCUCAGCAACGAGCUUGAACUGCAGAUUAAAGGGGCUGAAAAGCCAUCUGUCUGGGGACUUCUUGGCAUUCGUUUCAUUCUUCUUCCAUAUACUAUUGGGAAACUGCUGUUGUGGCAUGGAUGUUGGUUUUGGAGGUACAACGUCAAACGAUCUCCUUAUUCAUGGGAAGAUGCCUCCUAUUUGACACAAAGAUCCUUGGGCGUGCCGCCUGAUUCAUGGACAUUCAUUGAUGAAUCAACAAAGGAAGAUCUUGUACAGCGACGUCUAUGGGAGAAAUCCAAUUUGCAAAGCUACCUUGCUGAGAUGCGGAAAGAAUCAAAGCGCAGAAGAUGACAAAUCUCAGAUUGCAUCCACGAUGGAAGGCAGCAGGCAGUAGGCAGGACUAUUUCACGCUGACAAUUUUGGAGGAGUUUUUCCCAUCAAUCGGGGAAAUAUCUAAUAGUACAAGAAUACCAUACUCAAGUUAACACUUUUAUUGGUCAAACCAUAGAAGAGGAUUCUUUUCGACGGUGGGAUACAUUUUGUUGUAGAAAAUAGGCCAGGUUCCUGUUGAUGUUUCGCGGUGUCAUUAGUGUAAUUGUGAGCAACUUCUGCUUAAUGCUGGAACCUGUUGUGGUGAUGUGACACUACGCAGUUCAUAAUAACCUGUUGUGUUUAACAAUUCGAUUUGGCACUUAAAAUUUAAUGGUUCAGAUUUUAAUAUAUUCAUAGAGGUGCAUGAUUACAAA